AUGAAUGAUACAGAAUCUCAGGAGUUAAUUCAGGCAGUUUCAGAUGGGAAAAAGAAAUAUCUCAGGAUUAGGAAUUCCGAUGGUAUGCUGAUGCAGGGUAACCGAAUAUACGUGCCUAAUAUUGAAGAAUUAAAGAAAGAUAUUCUUGAUGAGGCACACGUUUCAGCAUAUGCAAUGCAUCCUGGAAGUACCAAGAUGUAUCACACUAUUCGACCUUUCUAUUAUUGGCCUGGUAAUAAAAGAAAGAUUGCUGAAUAUGUGAGUCGUUAUGCUGAAGCUCUCAGUUUGAGAUUGCUUUAUAGCACAGCUUAUCACCCUCAGAUGGAUGGACAAUCUGAGAGAACCAUUAAGAUGCUAGAAGAUAUGCUGAGAUCCUCGAUUUUGCAAUUUGGAGACACUUGGCAUAAGCAUUUAGCUUUGAUCGAGUUUGCUUAUAAUAACAGUUAUCAAUCUAGCAUUGACAUGCCACCUUUUGAGGCGCUUUAUGGCGUGGUAUGGUUUGGUAAGAAAGGUAAAUUAAGUCCUUGGUAUAUUGGACUAUAUCUGAUCACCGAGCGAGUUGGUGAAGUUGCCUAUAGGCUUGAGCUGCCUCCAGAGUUAUUAAAGGUACAUGAUGUUUUCCAUGUGUCUAUGCUUCGUCACUAUGUCUCUAAUCCAUCGCACAUGAUCCCUCCUCAACCACUAAAGAUUAACCCAGAUUUGGCUUAUGAUGAAGAGCCAGUAACGAUUUUGGAUUGGAAGGAUAAGGUUCUCGGAAGCAAGAUUGUGCGCAUGGUGAAAGUUUUAUAG